AUGGAGGCUAGCUACGAUGAGACCACCCCACUGCUUGUUCCAGAGGCACAGCAUGGUGACGCUGCGCCUCAACAGGAGCAGCAUGUCAAGAAAACGCCUCUGCCGAAGUUGCAAGUCAGCGCGCUGGUGCUCGCCCAUAUGGGCGAACCGAUGACCGCGUAUUGUAUAUUCCCCUUCGUGAAUCAACUUGUGAGCGAGCUUGACAUCACUGGAGGUGACGAGAAAAAAGUCGGGUAUUACGUCGGGAUGAUUGAGUCGAUAUUUUUUGUCACUCAAGCUCUGUUCGUCUUCCACUGGGGUCGAGUGUCAGACCAUGUCGGGCGGAAGCCUGUCCUCAUGAUCGGGUUGUUUGGGCUCGUGAUAGCCAUGCUCUCAUUCGGCUUGUCGAAGACAUUCUUAGGAAUUGUAGUGAGUCGAAGCAUCUGCGGAUUACUCAAUGGAAACGCGGGCGUAAUCAAGAGCAUGAUGGGAGAAAUUACGGACUCCACGAAUAUGGCUCAAGGCUUUGCUUUCAUUCCCGUCGCGUGGAGCAUGGGAAGCACAAUAGCACCUUGGAUCGGAGGACAGCUAUCGAAACCACACGAAAGGUGGCCGACCUUGUUCUCCCAUCCAUUCUGGUCCUACUAUCCCUACUUUCUGCCCUGCGCUUUAUCAGCCGCAUACUGCGCCUUUGCGUGUGCGUACGUCAGCGUCGCGUUAAAAGAGACUGUCAAGCGUCGCUCUCGCUCUUCCUCUUCACCCGAAACGGCCUCGUCGGACGCCGACGAGCCCCCUCCCCUCCGUGAAGCCCUCACGCGCCCCGUCGUGCUCUCAAUCGCCGUGUACGCCUCGCUCGGCGCCAUCGACAUCGCCUUCAUGGCCCUCUUCCCGCUCUUCUGCGCGACGCCCAUCGCCCUCGGUGGCCUCGGCCUCGGGCCCCCCCAAAUCGGCGCCUUCCUUGGCGCCCUCGGGGUCUGCGACGGCCUCUUCCAGGGCCUCGUCUUCUCGCGCGCGGUCGACCGGCUCGGGGUGCGCGGCGUGCUCGCGCUCUCGCUCUGUAUGUUCGUGCCGAUGUACGCGCUCUUCCCCGUCGCGAGCGCCGUCGCGCGCGCGUACGGCGUGGGCCCGGGCGUGUGGGCGAUCAUGUUCGCCCAGCUCGCGCUGACCUGCGUGAUGGACAUGUCGUACGGCGCGGUGUUCAUGGUCAUCCGGUCGGCGGUGCCGAACAACCGCGCGCUCGGGACCGUGAACGGCGUCGCACAGUUCGUCGCUGCGGUCAUGCGGGCGAUCGCGCCCGUGGCGACGACGUCGCUGUUUGCGGCGUCGCUCGAGUACAACCUGUUAGGCGGGUACUUUGUGUAUGUGGUGUGCGUGACCGCCAGCGUAGGGGUCGCGUUGACGCCGCGGUUGCUGCGCGCGUCAGGAAUGUGGUUUACGCAGUGA